UGGGAUCUGUUUGUUCAUUAUCCUUUUUCACCUUCUAUAUAACCCCUUCAUUCCCGUUCCCCUCUCACUCUACUAUCCCAAAAAACACUUAGUAACAGAAACACAAAGACAUUCAUUCUUGUACCAAUGGCAACAGAAGAAGCACCCAUCCACGGCGAUAUCUUAGAGGCCAUAUUCUCGCACGUGCCACUCAUCCACCUUGUGCCCGCCUCUCACGUGUCGAAUUCCUGGAAGCGUGCGGUGUCCUCCUCCCUCGCCCACGUCAGACCCAUCAAGCCGUGGUUAAUUGUCCUCACCCAGAGCCUCCGCGCCUCGCACGUGACAACCCUCCACGCCUACGACCCCCGCUCGCACGUGUGGCUCCAAAUCAAUAACUCAAAAUACUGUCACACCUCCCCCGUGCGAUCCUCACACUCGACGCUCUUCUACACACUCACCCCAUCCGAGUUCGCCUUCUCCCUCGACGCGCUGCACCUCAACUGGCACCACGCGCCUUCCCCGCGCGUGUGGCGCACCGACCCCGUGGUGGCGCGCGUGGGGACGUGCGUGGUGGUGGCCGGCGGUGCGUGCGAGUUCGAGGACGAUCCGCUCGCGGUGGAGAUGUACGACUUAAAGAGCCAAUCCUGGGAGGCGUGUCCCUCCAUGCCGGCGCUGCUGAAAGGUUCGACGGCGUCGUCGUGGCUGUCGGUGGCGAUCGCCGGAGAAAUCAUGCACGUGACCGAGAAACACUCCGGCGUGACGUACUCGUUCGACACUGUUUCGAAAACGUGGAAAGGACCGUUUAAUUUGAGGCCUCAUGAGAGUGUUUUUCACUGCGUCACCGGAACCCUAGGAGAGAGGUUGAUGGUGGCGGGGGUGGUGUGGGAAGUUGGGAACGUGAAAGGCGUGAAGCUGUGGGAGGUUCGGGUGGGUUCGGGGAUGGAGGAAGUGGGUGAGAUGCCGAAGGAGAUGGUUCGGAAGUUAUUCAGUGGUUCGGAGUUAGAUUCGGUGGAGGUGACGUGGAUUGGGGAUUUUGUUUACGUAAGGAACACUUUCGAACCGGAGGAGCUGGUGUUGUGCGAAGUGUUGAAUCAUUUGAAUGGAGUUGGGUGCGAGUGGCGGAGUGUACGGAACGCCGCCGUUAGAUGUGGCGCGAGGAUGCUGUUUUGCGGUGGCGAUGUGUGCCUGGAGGAUCUGCAGCGGGCGGUGAUGUCGGAGAAUCCCACAUUUUCCAUAGAACAAGUGUGAAUUGGACAUAAUAAUAAUAAUGAAAAAAAAAGUGUGAUCAAUGGGUUGCAAUAAAUAAUCCUUGUGAUACUUUUUUUUUUAAUAAAUAAAAAUGCUUUAGGAUUUUGGGAUUGGGAUUCCAAGUGUAUGGAAUGAUUGGGAUCAUUUUCGUUAAAUUGGCAGAUAAGUUUUUCAA